AUGGAAUUUCUGCUUGGGAAAAAAUUUAAGAAAAAUAAAGGUACUGAGUCGUCAGGCAAGGCAUCUACCAAGGAAGAUGAGAAGAUUAGAAAGCAGUUGGAAAAAGAAGUUAAGAAGCAGGAGAAGAUCAAUACCAAGAACAAGUCUGAAAAUCUAAAGCAAAUAAGCCAAGUUUCAACCACUUCAUCGCAGUCAAACUCAUUAAACACUUCAGGUGUUGAGACAUCAGAUAAUAUCCCCGAUAGUGAAGGCGGUAAAUAUCACGUGUCAGAAAUCAUCAAAGUCAUUAUUCCACAAAACAAGACCUACGACCUUCAAAUAGAGUUCCUAGACAAUAACUCAAAGAAUUCAUCAUCGAUGUGGGCAAUUGACGGAAUGCUGAUAGAUGAGGAAUUAUUGUACGCGGAGGAUUAAGAGGCAGACAGGAUUUACCAAGAAUUGAAGGCUAGGUCCUUCAGAAGGAGAAAGAUGGAGGAGAGUGAAAAUAGACUCUCCAAUGCCAUGAUGCACGAUCAAGAGAUUGAAGAGGAAGAUGAUAAACCUAAUGAGCCAAAACUGAGUUAAAGCAACUAAUCAUUUGAGAAGAUCAAGGCUUUUAUUAAAAAGUCGAAUCAGCAAGAAAAACUAGAAUUCACCUAGGGUCUGCUUAACUUUGCAAACAAGAUCGAUAAGAAGUUCUUGACUGAGGGUCUUCUCCCUAACCUAGAAAUCCUGGCUAAGGAGAAUUAAGACAUCAAGAAGGCUCUGCUUGACUAGUUUAUUCCUUUGAUAUCUUACAUCAGAGAGUAAUGCGGGCAAGAUGGCUAUGACAAGACUGUCAAGACUAUCUUCCCGCUCUUGGAUGAAUUGCUGUAUGACGGCAAGGAGCAGACCAGAGACAAAGCUAUCUAGGUGCUUCUAGAUAUCAGAAAUGUGCUGCAGCAAAAGGAAAACGACUAUGUGAUGAAUUUGACUUUGAAACUAGCACAUGAUGACAAUGAAACUAAUAGAACAUCUGCUCUAAAGAUAUUGAAUGAACUUGCCCCUGACAUGGGUUAAACACUUUGUGAGUCUUACAUUGUUCCUGAAAUUAAGAGUCUGGGUAUUGAUGAGAGUGUUGUAGUAAGAUAAACUGUGGCAAAGAAUCUUUUAAAUACUUCUAAGAUUAUCUCUCUUGAUUACUUUACUCAGCACAUUUUUCCACUAUAUGAUAGAUUAGCUUAAGAUAAAGAUGAAAAAGUUAGGAAAACUUGCGCAGAAGUCGUAGCAGAUAUCGCUGCAGUCAGUCCUUUAGAUAAGAAGGGAGAAGCACUUUCAGAUCUUUACUAUAGAUUCCUGAAAGACCCAACCUCUAAAAUAGUUAGAGGUACAGCCUUUCAGAAUAUUGGACCAUUCAUUGCUGAGUUGAAAGAGAUGAAGACUGUCGAUCCCAGAAUUAUAGAUUUCUAUGUUUCAACCACUGAGAACUCCUCUAAUAAAGACGUCUGUUACUACUCUUCGUUUAACUUCCCUGCCUUUAUCUACACCAUGGGUAAAGAUAACUGGGAGAUUUUUAGAAAGAUUUACAUCAAGCUGAGUAAAUUCAACGAUGGCAGGAUAAAGAAGACUCUCGCUCAUUCUAUUCAUGAGUUAGCAAGGAUACUUGGCCCUGAAAUCACUGAGGAGGAUCUAGUGCCAGUAAUGGAGAAAUUCCUCAGUUAUAAUGUUAAUGAAAUCAAGAUUGGUGCUUUGAAAAACUUGCAUAUAUUCUUAGCAGAAGUCAAUCCUGAAAACAGGGGAGUAUUUAUUAAGUACAUUAUGCAGACCUAUGAUGAUUUCCAAAAUGACUGGAGAGGUAAGAUGGUCUUGGCUCAAAACCUUGGCAAAUUUGCUUAACUUUUUGACCAAGAAACUGUAUACAACUCCUUCUUGCAAAUGUUCUUCAAAUUCUGUUAUGAUUAAGUUGCUAAGGUCAGUGAGACUGCCUCUACCAGUUUAGUAUAUAUCCUUGAGAAAUUCCAAGGUGACCUACAUAAAUAAGAUUCAAUUGUAAAAGUAGUCAAGAAGAAUUUCCUACAUGCUAAGACCUUUAAGAGAAGACAGCUAUUCGUUCUUAUGUGUGGCGAGGCGAUGAGCAAGAAGGAACUGUUUGAAAGACACUUCAAAUCUGACAUGCUAGCGAUGGUGAAUGAUAAAGUCUCGAAUGUUAGAAUGUCACUGGCUAAAGUACUUAGACAUCAUUUCAUUAACUAAAUAAAUGGUGCCUUUGUGUUUGACAUUGAAGUUAAUGAUGCUGUUAGAAUUCUUAAGAAAGAUAAGGCUCUGGAUGUUAGGUAACAUGUAAGUGAUAUCCAGACAUUCCCAAUGAAUGAGGACAAAGAGUUAGUGAUGACCGAGUAUCUAGAUAGAUUAUCAACUUUAAAUAACAUAAUGGCUGACUCUGUCUCUGAUCAAGAAGAAUAAGAAGUGGAGAAGCAAGUUCAUCUCUCAUAGAUAAUCUAGGAUAGCAAUAACUAGGCUCAUAGCAAUGACUCACCCAAUCGAGUUUUGCAAACAUCAGACACUAGUUCUCACAGCAGCAGUGAAGUCUCAGACCUAAAUCUGAGCAUAAAUUCUUCAAAUAGUAAUGAGGAAACUCAGUUAAAGCAAGAAUGA